AUGCCUCUGGUGGUGGAUGUUCACGUGCGCGCCUUCUUUAGACUCAGGGGAGGGCAAGAACCUAGCACGGAUCCUGGGAAUGUCACCUUGCCAGCGGUAGAGGCUGUUGAGGAUCCUUUGAUUCAUGCCUGGGGGGGAGAAGGACAUGGCGCAUUCGGCGGCAAUCAGGACGACGAUUUGAAAUGGGAGGAUGGCUUCAAGAGAUUCUUGGAGUACAAGAAAGCGCUACCCAGCGGUCGGAGGAAGAGGCGGAUGAGGCAGUUUCCUUCCAAGGGAACUCCUCUGAGGCAGUGGAUUGAUCAACAGAGGAGACUGUACAAGCAUGGAGAGCUGGAGGAAAGUAGGCAGAGGCGACUAAAUGAUGCUGGGUUGGACUUAGCUUCAAAGGGGAAGCUUAGAGAAGUGGAUUGGGAAUCGAUGUAUCAGCGCCUUCGUGGCAUGUAUCUGCGACUAGGCCAUUGUCGUUUGCCGAGAGAUUCUCAUGAUUUGCUGUUAGCGCAAUGGUCAGAUUCACAGAGAACCAAGUUCAUCAAAGGCGUACUUUCAGCAGAAAAGCAACAUCUUCUAGAGAACAUAGGUUUUCCUUGGUACUCGGAGUGGUAUGAGAUGUUUAAUCAGGCGUGUUUCUUGUACCAGCACAAAGGGGUGAUAGACUUAUCCGAGCGGACUGUCAGACCGGAUGAUAGCCGGGUGGCUUACUGGCUCCGCACACAAGGAAAUCUGAAACUUGAGGGAUUUCUAGGGGGCCAGAAAAAGAGGCUUUUCGAUUCGUUGCAUUUUCAAGAUUUUGCUAGCACCGUUCUUGACAAUGACAUCACCCGUGAUGACUCUGUGUUGAUUUGGAAUCCAAGGUUUGAACACCUUGUUCUAUUCAAACAGAUACACGGACAUUGCAAUGUCACUGGAGUGUUUGGGGAAUAUCCAGAAAUGGAACUAAACACGAACUACACAGCCAUGAACGCUUCUUCUUCUUCGUCGUCGUCUUCUUUUCCUCCUCCUUUUUCUACUUCUUCUCCUACUUCUUCUGCGUUCACGAUGCGAGGCAAAGAGGCUCUAGUGCAGUGGUUUGUGCAGCAGAUCGACAAGGCUCGUCGGAAUAAAAUCACCCCGCUGCGCAGAACGCGGUUGGAAGAACUUGGGGUCUAUCUGGAGACCGACGUGUCUAUCGCCAGCCAUACGGAAUGGACUCAGAGGAUCGAAGAGCUGCGCAAUUUCAGGAAACAACAUGGUCAUUGCAGCGUUCCAGUCAACUACGAUAGAAAUCCGGCUCUAGCUCGGUCCUUCCUGUUGCCGCUCUUUCGCUUGUUUUUGUUGAUGUUGAAGGGCAGGUGGCUGGAGAGAAUGGGGUUUUCGUUCGAAGGACGUUCACAGUGGGAGAAGAGAUAUUUGGAGUUGAUUGCCUUCAGAGACAGAUAUGGUCACUGCUCUCCAUCUCAACUGGGUCAUUUUCGGAAGCUGGGAGUCUGGGUUGCUGUCCAGAGGGUCAAGAGUCGCAAGGGGCAGCUGCGAGAGUCUCGGAAGCAGAAGCUGGAUGCCAUUGGGUUUCGCUGGGAGCUCCACACAGACUGGGAGACGAGGGUCUUUCAGCUGAGGACCUUCCGGGAGAAACACGGCCACUGUAACGUCCCACAGCAGCUCCGUGACGAUAACGAUUGCGACAUUGAUCGCUCGUUGGGAACAUGGGUCACGAUGCAGCGCAUGAAGCGGCGAGCUGGGAAACUCACGCAGGACCAGAUCGACGAACUAGAUGCUCUUGGCUUUAGAUGGGGGAUUCACACGGACUGGGAGCUCAGAUUUCAGGAGCUUCUCAGCUUCCGCCAUCAGCAUGGUCACUGCAACGUCCCGCAGAAGUACAAGGACAACCCUUCGCUAGGGGCGUGGGUUGCCCAGCAGCGCCGGCGGUUCAAGCACAUGACGCUGACGUGGGACAAAGUCAAGAGGAUGGAGAAGGCCGGGAUAGAGUGGCAGCUGAGAAGAGGGAGGCACGCCAAUGGAGGGUGGAUCGGAGAAGAUUCGUCGACCCCGUCGAACCUGUCACCAGAGGAGAUCGCGGAGAAGAAGCCCACGGAACUGAAGCCAGAUGCUGAGCUCAACGUUGAAGAGCCAGCCCAGCACUCGUCUGCUGUGUGA